CCGGAAAUGAUACUAAUCUAACCGACCUUGGUACGCUAAUCUCCACGGCAAAUGGUUGCCUUCCAUUUAGUCGAGUCGUCGUCCACAAUCCAAUCUGAAAAUCCGAUCGGGCUGAUCAACAUGGAUGGAAACAAAGAAGACGCGUUGAAAUGCCUGAAAAUCGUCAAGGAAGCGAUCAAAUCCGGAGAUCGAGAUCGAGCUCGUAAAUUCCUUUCCAAAGCCCGUCGUCUCGAUCCGGAUCUCCCCAUCGAUGAUCUCAAAUCCGAGGUCAACAACCAAUCAGACGAGCCACGAUCUGAGAAACCUCCCGCCGCGAAAGACGCACCAAGCUCUUCAUCGUCUCAGCCUUCUUUACGCCAGCGUGGAUCGUCGUCUUCUUCUUCUUCUUCAAUCUCCUACACAGAGGAACAGAUCUCGAUCGUUAAAAAGAUCAAAUCCAAGAAAGACUACUACGAGAUCCUCGGCCUCGAGAACUCCUGCUCGGUCGACGACGUGAGGAAAGCGUAUCGUAAACUCUCGCUGAAAGUCCAUCCCGAUAAGAAUCCAGCUCCCGGCUCCGAGGAAGCGUUCAAGUCCGUCUCCAAGGCGUUUCAGUGCUUAAGCAACGAAGAGUCCAGGAGAAAGUACGACGUGAGUGGCUCCGACGAGCCAGUCUACCAACCGAGACGGUCCACUAACGGAUUCAACGGUGGUUACUACUACGAAGACGAGUUCGACCCCAACGAGAUCUUCAGAAGCUUCUUCGGUGGCGGAGGGAUGAUGCCUCCGGGGAAUGCUCAGUUCCGAACGUUCAACUUCGGAGCUACGCGACAUAGAGCAGCUGCUAAUCAUAAUAAUAACAAUCAAGGUCAUGAUGCAGGUUUCAACGCUCGUGUGCUUCUCCAGAUUCUACCUGUUAUUCUCUUACUCCUCCUCAACUUCAUUCCUUCUUCACAACCCGUUUACUCUCUUUCCGCGACUUACCCUUACAAUUACAAGUUCACUACGGAGAAGGGUGUUAAUUACUAUGUGAGGUCGUCCAAGUUCGAGCAGGAGUACCCACGUGACAGUCACGAGCGACAGAAUGUGGAAGAUGAAGUUGAGAGAGAUUACGUCUCUAUACUUAGUCAGAAUUGUAGGUAUGAGCUGCAGAGGAAGCAGUGGGGCUUUGUUCGUGAAACGCCUCACUGUGACAUGAUGAGGAAGUUCGAGACAGCAGCUUCUGCUUAAGAAACCACUGAAGGUACUUAUAAGCAUCUUCAUGUCGAUGCUUAAGAGUCACAGACAGAUAUAUGUUUUUUUUUUUGCUUUGGAUUAUGUUGCAUUAGAACAUAACAUACGAAUUCUUGGAUCUUGUGUGAUUAUGUCUGAAUUAAGAUUUUGCUUUCGUUAUAAAAUAUACUUUUGA